AUGGGUUCAAAUGCUUUUCGCGGUUCUCAUCUCUUAUUGGUCUCCUCCUUUCUUCUAAUUUCCCUCUCACAGACACCAUCAAAAGCCACCAGCAGCAGCUGUGACAUUUUCAACGGCAGCUGGGUUUUUGACUAUUCUACCCCUCCCCCUUACAAUUCCGCCGCCUCCCAAUGCCCUUUCGCCGACUCCGCCCUCGACUGUAUCAAGAACGGCCGCCCCGACACGGCGUACCUCAGCUACAGCUGGCGGCCGGCCGGCUGCCACCUUCCACGGUUUGAUGGCAAGGGAUUUCUGGGAAGGUACAGGGGCAAAAAGGUAAUGUUCGUCGGGGACUCGCUGAGUAGCAGCCAGUGGCAGUCGCUAGCGUGCAUGCUUCACGCGGCUGAUCCGAACCAAAAUUACACGAUAACAUCACGUGGCCGGAUCACAACUCUCUUCUUCACUGCGUAUGGGACGUCGAUCAUGUACAUGAAGGACGGGUUCUUGGUGAGCCUUGUGAACCGGAAGCUAUGGCUCGACUCGCUCAGUGGAAGUGAACUGUGGAGGGGUGUCGAUUUGUUGGUCUUCAACAGUUACCAUUGGUGGCUCCACACGGGACUCUACAAAACAUGGGACGGUUACCAGAUUGGUGACCGGACAGUGAGAGACAUUGAUAUGGAUGUAAUGGAAGCAUACAAGAUAGCUCUGACUACUUGGGCUAACUGGGUAGACUCCAACAUUGAUCAGACCAAAACCUAUGUCUUUUUCCAAGGAAUUUCCAUGGUGCAUUACCAUGGGGCAGAAUGGGGCGAACCUGCGGUGCAAGAUUGCAAGGGACAAACGAAACCUGUGGAGGGGUCGAAUUAUCCCGGCACGAGACCUCCAGGAGAUGAAGUGGUGAAAAGCGUGCUGCACGCGAUGAAAAGACCUGCAUUUUUGCUCGACAUAGUUUUGAUGACUCAGCUGAGAAAAGACGGGCACCCAUCGAUAUAUGCCGGCGGAGGACAACUCGACUGCAGCCACUGGUGCCUUGCGGGUGUACCGGAUACCUGGAAUCAGCUCAUGUAUACAAUUCUUCUACGGAAUUGA